AUGUAUGGCCUCCAAAUGUUCGAGUGCCGCUCAAGCGUUAACGUUCCUAUGCGGAAAUUCUACUUAACUAACCCCCAACUAUUAUAUUUACAUAACCGUUCUACUCAGCUGAAUGCUCGAGCUCGUUAUCCGAAUGAAACGUUUUCUUCUUACAUGAACAAGAUGGAAGGACUGAUUUACAGUGUUCGUUAUUUCCGGGUCAUAGCAACAGGGUUAAUAUUUCUCAUUAAUAUAACUGCAGCUUUUGCAGAUAACAACUGUGCUGACAGAUUGAUUGGUGUAGAGAACAGAUACAUCAUACCUGACAGCAGUUUUACAGCAACUUCUAAAUACGACGACAGAUACUAUCCAUAUCACGCUAGACUCAAUAGUAACUUGAAAGGAUGGUUACCAAGAACACAAUCAGAUCCAAAUGAUUAUCUACAGAUUGACCUUGGGCUCCCUUACGUCAUCUGUGCUGUAGCCACACUGGGUUGCAGUGAUUGUAAUGAGUGGGUGACACAGUAUAAGAUAAGUCUGUCCAUGGAUAAUACAAACUGGUCUCUUUACAAAGAAAAUGGGGCAGUAAAGUUGUUUGAUGGAAACACCAACUACGGAACCAUUAAAAAAAAUACCCUUACCAAACAAUUGACGAGAUACAUCAGAUUCAUACCUACAAAGAAAUAUCGCGAUAAAACAAUGAGAGUAGGGAUCUAUGGAUAYUUAAAAGAGCGCAAUUAUUUGGCAUGGCCAACACAUCACAACAAGUCUGGAGAAAAAGAGUUUAGCGGUAACUCUGAAAGAACAACAGUGGUUACUAAUGCAAUAUCCAACCCAUUCAGAGCCAGGUUUGUUCGUGUACUUCCAAAAGAGUUCAAACAAUGGAAGAUUCUAAGGGUAGAUUUCAAAGGACUUCCACUUGGUUGUACCUCGUCGCUUGGUCUUGAGAAUUCACAAAUACCAGACUCACACUUAACGUCAUCUUCGUCAUCGGAUAAUUUCCAUGCUGCAUCACGUGGUCGUCUGUAUGGCAGUUCGUCAUGGUGCAGCCAAACAAUUGGUAAUAAUGAGUACAUACAGGUUGACCUUGGACAGGUCAAGACAGUGACAGGUAUUGCAACACAAGGUAACCCACAUAUGAAUGCAUGGGUGACGUCAUACAAAGUUGGCUACAGCUUUGAUAACAGAUAUUGGAAUGAGUACAAACAAGGACAGGUCGUUAAGAAUUUAGAAGGAAACAGCGAUAGGAAUGCCGUCAGAGUCAACUGGGUUAGAAAUCCAAUAGCAGCACGUUAUAUCAGAAUUACCCCUCAGACCCACAACUCAGGGGGCGGUCAUUGUCUACGAUUUGAAGUCUAUGGAUGUGAUAUCUUCGUUGCCCCAAAAGUGAUUUUGGAUACUGUUGAUUUCAUCCUUCCAAGCAUCAAAGGAAGUUCCAUUACAUUAACAUGUAGUGUACUUGGUGAACCAGCACCUGACAUCCAGUGGUUUAACAAUGGAACAAAGAUCAACGGUGCAACACAAUCAACACUACAAGUACGGUUUAUCUCUGCUGAAGACGUGGUGUCCAAGUACAACUGUACAAGACAAGAUCCUAACACACGAGCUGUGGUCUGCAACACGUUCUACACGUGUAGGGCAACGUAUCCAAACUACGUGCCAAGUGGAGGAAUGAAUGAGGCAUCGGGGAAAGUGACCGUAUUUUUGAAUGUCUUUAAAGCACCAAAUGUGACAGCAAAACUAAACAAGAGGUCGAUAACAACGAAAUGGCCCGCAAUGACAGCUUCUGAUGACGUUGGUACCAUCAACUCGUACAAUAUACAGCUCAGUAAUCAGAGUUCAACGGUGACCUAUAAUGCACAUCAUCCUGCUCUUAACUACACUAUUGAACAUCUCAAGCCGUACACCAACUACAGCAUCAGAGUGAAGGCGAUAAGUGUCGUUGGGCAAGGACUGUGGAGCAGUUGGCURGAUGUUAGAACGUUGAUUGCUGAGCCUGAAGGUUUACCAUCAAUCACAGGGGAAAAUGUCCUGUCGUCACAAAGUAUACAGCUUCAUUUCCAGUACUCACAAUUAGACCUGUUACAUGGCCCAAUGACUGGAUUCAGGAUCUUUUACAAACCAGAGGGCGGAACACAACAACAGAUUGCAAUUGACGUGGGUAACGUUAAUAUGACAACUUUGACAAAUCUCAAAAAGUACACAAGCUACAACAUAUCAGUGGCUGUACGAAACACUAUGUAUGUGGGUCCUGCAUGUAGUGUUACAAUAAUAAGAACAUUAGAGGAUGCCCCGGAUAUUGGUCCACAAAAGACAACAGCAACAAAGAUAAACGACACAACAUUUCUGGUUACCUGGCAACCGUUAACAACAGCUCAAAGUAACGGCGUGGUUACUAAGUACGAGAUCUUUUGGUCAAUAGAUAUUGAGGGAGGUCGUUCAGGAAGAUCAUUACAGGAUAUGUUUAAUACUACAACACAGGCUACCCAGUACAUACUGUGCAACCUUAGAUUUUGUGCAAACUAUACAGUAUCUGUCAGGGGUUAUACCAGUGUUGGACCAGGACCCAAAAGUACCAUUAAUAUUUUGACAUCGCUUGCACAACCUACUGAUGUACAAGCCGAGAGUCAAACAAAGACUUCUAUUAGAGUGAGAUGGGAAAAACCCUUGCCAUUGUCAUUGGUUGUAUAUGAAUAUACGAUUGAAGUAAAAGGUUCUAAACCAUACUGGAGCAAUUACUCAUUUUCAAGCACUCACAAGCAGAAUGGAGCACGAACUAACACGGUAAUCGACGGUCUAAAUCCUGGUACAAGCUAUGAAUUCUGGGUAACAGCAUUAGCAGCAUGUGGUAAGAGUGAGAAGAGUGUAUCAAGUAAAAAAGACACAGACAUUGACAAUCCUGUCAAGCCUACGGGGAAUUCUAUAACUCUAAAGAACAAAUUUGACGUU